AAAGGAGGCGUGUGCGUCUGAGGCGUGGCGAUUAGCUUGUAUGUUAGCGUCACUGGUUAGUGGAAGCUGUCAAUACCCAAAUAAAACGGGCUAGAAAUCUCAUGCAACAUGGAUUUCGAACUGGUUUAAACCAAGUAACUCGGAGUAGAUCGUUUUACUGGAGUUCAACCAACUACAGCCUUAUGAUUAUUUCAAUGUAACAGAACUAAACCCAGUGCAGUCCCCGCAAAGUCUGCUAGUGAGCUGACGCUGGUUAGCAUACUUGCUAGCGUAGCGAAGUUCAUAAAGUAACUGAAGAAGAAGACGGCAGCAAAACAGAGGCAAGAGACGCUCACAGUGACUUAUGCGACUGAUAUUAGGUGAGAGAUGGAGAUGAGAGAGUUAACGGUGGUGGCUGGGAGCUUCGUGGGCUUCAAGCUGCUUCAAGCCGGGGUGAGUCCUGUCCUCUCAUCGGCGCUCACCGAGGGCUAUGGCCGACUCCCACCCGCCAGACUCAACGAGUGGAACUCCAGGACGGUAUCCACUGUCCAUGCCCUAAUUGUGGGUCUGUUCUGCCUAUAUAUCCUGCGCUAUGAUGACGCUGUUAACGCAGACCCUGUUUGGGGAGACCCCAAUCUGGUCAAACUUAAUGUGGCCAUAACAUGUGGCUACCUACUUUAUGACCUUGUGCUGCUGGCCUCUAACUGGAGGGCUAUGGGAGACAGCUUUUUUGUCUGUCACCACUUGGCGGCGCUCUAUGCAUAUGGCUACGUCCUGAGUCGUGGGGUGCUGCCAUAUUUUGCCAAUUUCCGUCUCAUUUCCGAGCUGUCCACCCCAUUUGUCAAUCAGAGGUGGUUCUACGAGAUCCUCCAGCACCCACGCUCUGACCGGCUAGUGGUGGCCAACGGAGUCGCCAUGACGGUGGUGUUCUUCCUGGUGCGCAUUGCCGUGAUGCCGACAUACUGGCAGAGCGUGUUUGCCACGUUUGGCACGCCAGCCUUCGAGCGGCUGGGCCUGGCAGCUCAGGUGGCCUGGAUCGUGUCCUGCAUCUGCCUGGACGUGCUCAACAUCAUCUGGAUGUACAAGAUCGCCCGUGGAUGCUACCGUGUGAUCAUCAACGCGCGCAAGGCCAGGGCCAAGGCCAGCAAUGGGGAUGGAAGCAAGCAGAACUACAUGAACAACCACACAGACUAAGGCCUGCCAGAAGGGGUGAGUGCUCGGGUGGGCCAGGAAAACUGGUCGAGAGGAGAGGAGAGGAGAGGAGAGGGGUGAAGAGGACCUGCACAAUGUUUUUGUUUGCAUCAACAGUUCCAGUGAUUAUCAGAGAUUAUCACCGCUGCCACAUGGAAGCACACUAUGGACUUCUUGUUGUUGAGUCGUGAGUAGCGUUGGUAUGGAAGGUAGAAAAACACACCAACAGAUCCAGUGUAGGUUAUUUUGAUUCCCCUUUGACAGUACACGGAAUUGAAAAAGCACUAUUGUCUCAUGCCCAGUUCACUUACCCAAGUGCCUGCACCGCACAUAAGAUGGACAGAAUUCCCAGCCUUACUCCUGGCGAUCACCACGCAGCUUCCUUCAGCACAGUAAACCCGUUCUUCCGGUGAUUCCUUUAUCAUACUGUCCAUGUCUUCAUCACACCACUCUUUCUCUUAUACCCUCAGAACCAAACUGCAGUUUAGGGACUUCCGUCCACACAGACACUCAAUCUCAUACAUAGACACAUACACAUACUCUCUCACACACACACACACACACACACACACACACACACCACAGUGCCUCUCCAAACCAGCCUCCCAGUGCCUGCUGCCAGGUCAGCAGUCAGUCAAGCCAAGGAAGAUAACCAGCUCUCUUGAAACCUUCAAAGAUUCCAUCUUCUCCCCAGCUUCCUGCAUCCCCAACACACCUGGCUGGCAGGAGUUGGUGUUAAUCUUCCAGAAUCACCUCUCCUUAUCCCUGAAUACCCAAGGAAAACCCCAGUUUUAUUAAUACGCACUCUUCAGACGUAAUUAAGUGAUCCCAACAGCAACUGGUUGUACCUGUGUAAUACAUUCACUGCCAUCUGUUUAGACUGAGAAGGUUGAAUCCAUCCAUUUCUGAUGCCAGCCCCUUGCUACCUCUGACUUCACCCCGUCUUACAAAACCAACCAACCAUCCUCUGACAGAACCCAAAACCUCUGUCACAGUGUUCCAAGCAUUUUCAGAAACCAGAGUCCUGUGACCUGGAGUUCCUAGCUCUGACUGACCUGGCAGCAGCCUCACCUGGACCUCGCAGUGAAGCCCUACGGCUCUGACUGACCUGGCAGCAGCCUCACCUGGACCUUGCAGUGAAGCCCUACGGCUCUGAGGAGCACAAGCAGGACCAUCUGGCCGUCUUCUCAGGCUCCGCUGGUCUCUGCCGGUGCAUGUACAGUUUCUCUCUGCUGUAGAAGGGAUGCUACUCUGCAUUCUUGGAUGUCCUCCCUCCUUAGAAGCUUUUGAGCUCUGCUCCUGUGGCUGUGUGUGUGCCUGUGUGUGCCUGUGUGUGCCGGUGUGUGCCUGUGUGUGCCGGUGUGUGCCGGUGUGUGCCGG